UCAUUUUAGUUUCGACGGAGAGAAGCAGAGAGUGAAGGAUUCUGGGUAGGACAUCCUUAGGUCAGCCGUCAGAAGCAGAGAGAGAAGAUGAGGGGGAUUCGGGGAAUAAGCCAGUUAUCGGGCAGGCUUUAUGCAGCCCAGGCUGCCCGUAAGGUGGAUGUUGCGGCAGCCGUGGAGCCAGUGAAGUUUCUGCCGCAGGAGGUGCAGGUGACAAAAUUGCCUAGCGGGUUAGUGAUUGCUUCCUUGGAAAACUAUUCUCCUGCUUCUCGGAUCAGUGUGCUCGUCCGGGCUGGAAGUCGAUAUGAGACGAUGGACAACCUCGGCGUCUCACACUUGCUUCGUCUGGCUGCCAGUCUGACAACCAAGGGAGCGUCUGCCUUCAGGAUCUGCCGCGGUGUGGAGGCUGUAGGGGGAAGCUUGAGUGUGUCAAGCUCCAGGGAAACCAUGGGAUACACUGUAGACUGCUUGAGAGAUCAUAUUGACACUGUAAUGGAGUAUCUGAUAAAUGUGACCACUGCGCCGGAGUUUCGCUCAUGGGAAGUGUUAGACCUCACUGGCCGGGUGAAACUGGAUAAGGAACUUGCCAAGCAGACUCCACAGAUUGGUGUCAUUGAGAAUUUGCACGCUGCAGCUUAUAAGAAUGCCCUGUCCAAUUCCUUAUACUGUCCAGACUACAUGCUCGGCCAAAUCACCACAGAACAGAUGCACAACUUUGUUCAGAACAACUUCACAAGUGCAAGAAUGGCCCUUGUUGGUCUUGGUGUGGAUCAUGCCAUACUUAAGCAGGUUGGGGAGCAAUUCCUGAACAUCCGCAGUGGAACAGGCACUGUUGGCUCCGAAGCCGUGUACCGAGGAGGUGAGCUGAGGCAUCAGUCUGGAGGUGGACUGGUUCAUGCGGUCGUGGCGAGUGAAGGUGCAAGUGUAACCUCAGCUGAGGCCACUGCAUUCAGUAUACUGCAGCAUGUGCUUGGAGCAGGACCUCGUGUCAAGAGAGGCUCCAACACUACGAGCAAACUGAGUCAGGCCAUCUCGAAGGUCACCGCUCAGCCCUUUGAUGUGUCUGCCUUCAAUGCCAACUACACGGAUUCUGGUCUGUUUGGAGUUUACACCAUCUGCCAGGCUAACGCUGCUAAAGAUGUAAUCAAAGCAGCAAUCGUUCAAGUAAAUGACAUUGCUCAAGGAAACCUUGCAGAAGCUGACCUCAGCAGAGCUAAGAAUCAGUUGACGGCUGAGUACCUGAUGUCUCUUGAGAGUUCUGAGGGAUUAAUGGAAGCCAUUGGUUCACAAGUGCUGGCCGAUGGUACCUACUGUUCCCCCGAGGCUGUGACGCAGAAAAUCAAUGCUGUGUCUUCAGCUGAUGUUGUCAACGUUGCAAAAAAAUUCAUGUCUGGCAAAAAGACUAUGGCCUCCAGUGGACACUUGGUCAACACACCUUUUGUUGAUGAAAUCUGAUGGGUUUACUUCAGGACUCUCAAACAUUUUAUCUUUCAGCUGUGGCUAACUCUUAUAAUUAUAAUGAAAUGAGGACAUGUUCACGAUAUCUUUAUUAUUCUGUCCAAAAAAAUAAAAUAAAAUGAAUAAUAAUUAUAAAAAUAAUAAAGUUGUCAUCAACAGUUGGUCUUGUUGUUUGUAAUAUACAAAGUGGCGUAAUCUGAAAAGAAAAACUCUGCACUUGUCCAUUUGAAAUGUAUAGAUUGAAAUGUAUAAAUUAAUAAAGUAUCUUGCAACCAUUUA